GCAUGUGAAGGCAGCAUAGCCACAGUCUUUUAGGGACUUCCUCCCAAUGAGCGGACGAAGGUGAAACAAACAUGAGCGGUUCUGUCAUCGUCCGGAGAUUAGCAGGGCUGUCCGGUGCUUCAGCGGUGGCAGCUGGGGCUUACGGUGCUCACGGAUUCAAAAACAGUGACCCCGAUGAUUACCAGAGAGUGCUCUAUGAAACUGCCAACAAGUACCAUUUUUACCACAGCCUGGCACUUCUAGGUGCAGCCCACUGUGGCAAACCUGCAGUGGCUGGCACACUCCUCAUAGCAGGGAUGGGGAUGUUCUGUGGCUCCCUGUAUCACCAAGCUCUGACUGGGGACCCUGCUCUACGAAAGGCCGCUCCCAUAGGUGGCAUGGCCAUGAUCGCUGGUUGGCUGGCCAUGAUUCUCUGAGCCCGCAAACGCUCACAUCUCCUUCACAGCUCAAUGGUGGGAUGUCAAAACAACUACUGGAGGAGCUACGAAACGUGAAAGAUGUAGCUUAAAAAAAAAUGUGUGAAGUGCCGAGAUAUAAUGCCACCCACGUAACCCCUCCCUGUGUUGAGUUGUGGAUGUCAACAGAUGAUAAGGACCAUGGGAAUUAUCACCUAAACUCAGUGGUGUUUGGUGUCUGAACCAACGCCCUUUGACUUUUUUUUCAUUGAUUUAAUUGUGAAAAGCAAAACAGUGUACAAUUUGAAUAACUUUUUUGCACGUGUUUCACAUUGCACUGUGCGCAGCGAAUGCUGUCGUAGCAAAUAACGUAUGGGAUUUCAUUUCAAAUAAAUAUAAUAACCAAAAGAUACGUUGACUAAUUUUUCCCCACUUUUUAAUUAACGUCUCUAGUGAUUAGCAUGUACGGCCUGCAGUCAGCUUCAUCUAUUUAUUUUCUCCACAGUUAAAAUAGAAUCACUGUUGUGCCGACUCAUUAAGUCUGUUCAAAGAUGCGUGGUAUAGAUUUCUAUAAUAAGCUUUUGCAUUGGGAAACAAUGGAAAUAAAAUUAUGGGAGAGCACCAAGUGAGGUAACGACCCUCUAAAAAUUACA